CAUUGACUUUACACAUUGCUCGAACUACUCAAAAGGUUAAGAAUAAUAUUCGAUAAUAAACCAGACAAUAAUGGUAUGCGGUUUCAGAGCACAUAAGACGUGUAGAUUUUUCCUUCAGACAGCUGUUUACAACAGUACCACACAUCAUGCGGCCAUAGCUAGAAAUUUCUGCACCAUCAAUGAGGGGAAAACAUUCACAGAACUCCGGUUAAAGAAACGAUUUGAGCCGAAGGAACAUGAAGCUGAUGAACUUAACAAGAGAUUUCCCAAUCCUGAGCAGAUUAUUAAGGAGUUUUACAGUCCUUUCACUGGCGUCCCCUCUGAAUCACAUAUUUACCCUGAACAGGAGACCUUGAAGUCAAAAUACUUCAAUCUUUACACAUCCCAACUGAAACUGCAAUGGCCGCUGCGUACAGAAGCUGUUGGUAUACACACUGACAAAGACACAGCUGUCCAACGAUCAUAUCUACGAGCGUGUGACUAUCUUCAUAAAAUGGGUCUUCUUCAAACAACAAACUCUGUACCAGAAGUGUUAAACCCAAGCAAGUUGACUGGCAUACUAGAGCAUUUGGCUGGUCUUCAGACUCCUGAACUCCAUUUAUCAUCUAACUUCCGCAUAAUUAACACAUUGGAGAUGAGACAGGAUGAGGAAGUUUUAUGGAGAUGUACUCUGCAGGUGUUGUGGCCAGUUGAGUUUACAGUAUCAUCUGAAUCGCAAUGCCUGGAUAUGGCAUAUUACCAAACAUGUGCACGGGCAGCUAUAAAAUUAAAGGCUUUAGGAUGCUUAAAUGAAGACAACACCUUCAAGCAAGGCAUUCUACUCAGCUUAAACAAGUACAGUUAUCUUCUGGAAAAGCUAGUUCCACGUACACUGAUCAACCCUGACUAUGAACUCUACGUAGAUGCCUCAAAGCAAGGGAUGGGUGGUUAUCUUCUGUCCAACUCUGGCGAUGACGACAUUCGCUGGAUGAGCGACAGUUGGGAACAGGAUCAGAAAGGAUUCAAAUAUUCUUCUACUGACGUCAAUAUGAAAGAGUUUUAUGCACUUUUGACAGCAUUUCACACGUGGAAGCACAAGUUUGUGGACAAAAAGGUGCUUUGUUACUCAGACAAUCGGAAUGCAGUGAAUUUGGUGAACCAUGGUAUUUAUUCUAUCAAUCUUCGUAAUUCAAACAUCAACAUUUACAAAGAUCUCUACAUGAAACUCAUGAACGUGUGUGAAAGGUACCGUAUUACAUUGGUGAGUGCCUAUGUGCCACGCGAAAACAAUCAUGCUGCGGAUUUGCUUUCUCGAUGUGACGUGGACAAGUUUAAAGAGCUGGUGCCCACCGCAAACAAGCAUCCGAAGAAAACAAAAAAGCUGUGGUUUAUAAAGAACUUGACCGUAGGAAAAUCCAAACAUUUUAGUAAAAUGAAUGAUCCUCCAAAAGACAAAAGGCCAGAUGGGGAAACUAAAUGAUAUUGGAAAUAAAUUUUGUUUAAUGA